UAUCACGUCAAACCCACUCUUUCAAAUGGAGUUUACUGAUUUAUUCAAGCAAUCCUUGUAUCUCUGUCGGUUCUCUCCAAACGCAAAGUACUUAGCAACAGCUUCAAAAUGUCACCUUGUUAUACGUGAAGCAUCUUCCUUUCAAAUAGUGUUAAUGAUAACUUGGUCUGAUAAUAUUCAGAAGGUUUUAUGGUCUCCCGAUUCAGAAUUAAUAUUAGUAGCAAGUUAUAAAACUGGAAAAGUUACUAUAUACCAAGUAAAUGAUAAAAAAUGGAGUGCCGAUAUUGAAGAAGGAACGUCGGGAUUAACAAACGUAAAAUGGAGCUUGGACGCCAGAACGUUGUUAUGCUUUUCUGAUUUUCAGUUGCGAGUAACGAUAUGGUCAUUAACAACUAAAGAAGUUUGCUACAUACAAUAUCCUAAAUAUUAUGAAAAAGGUUACGAUUUUCGAAAAGAUGGACGUUACUUUGUUUUAGCUGAACGCCGGGAUGGUAAAGAUUAUUUAGGUGUCUAUGAUUGUGAUAAUUCAUUUAAAAUGAUGAAGCAUUUCAAAGUGGAUACAAUCGAUUUGGAAAAUUUGGCAUGGUCUCCUGAUGGACGGUAUAUAGCAGUAUGGGACAACUGUAUUCAAUACAAAGUUCUAAUAUAUACACCUGAUGGACGAUGCCAACAAUCUUACUCAGCAUAUGACAACGGAUUGGGUGUAAAAUCUGUUGCAUGGGCACCUUCUAGUCAGUUUUUAGCAAUUGGAAGUUAUGAUCAAAAAAUUCGAUUUCUUAAUCACUACACUUGGACACCAAUCAUUGAAUUCACACACGCUGUACAACUUAAUAAUCGAGAUUUGGCAAUAUGGAAAGAAGAGUUAGAUAGUCUGAAAGAAUCCGGAAGAAUAAUCGCUCGUUUUGUAAUCUUAGAGCAACCGCUCCAAGAGUUACAAUCAAUUCGACCUGAUCCGGACAAACCAAAUCCAAAAAUUGGUGUUGGUGUCUGUAAGUUCAAUGCUAGUGGCAGUUUAAUAGCUUCACGUAAUGAUAAUAUGCCUAAUUGUCUCUGGAUUUGGGAUAUUUCACUAAUGAAGCCUAUAGUUUUGAUUAUACAAAUAUCUCCAAUACGACAUUUCUAUUGGAGUCCUAUAAAUGCGGAACAAUUGGUAAUAUGCUGUGGUAAUGAAAAUAUAUAUUUUUGGUCAGGUCAAAAAUCUGGUGCUGAAAUAAUUGAAGUACCUGCCGUUAAUUUUAAAGUUAAUAAUAUUAGAUGGAAUCCCGAUGGCAAUUCUUUAGUCUUAAUGGACAAAGAGCUAUUUACUAUGGCAUUUAUUGUUAAAAAUACAUCAUUAUUAUAAAUUCAUAUAAAACUGGUUUAUCCCAUGUACCAUCUAUGUAACUAUUGAAUUAUACUACCCUGCUUAUUUCUUUUUACAUUUUUUUUGUAAUUUGUACCACAUUUUUGGAGUAGUAAAUGUAGUUUACUAUUUUUAUUAUCACAACUUAGAAAAUAUAUGCACUCCUUGAAAACAAGAAUCCUGUCACUUACUAUGACGUUGUAUAAAACUAAAAACGAUAAGCAAAUUUAUAAAUUAGA